AUUAACCAAUUGAAAAGAGAAAAACUGUAGCCCAAACAUCAAUGGGCGUGUCUAGUAGGCGGGACAGUUGCUAGAAAAUAUAAUUAAGUUGGAAGCACUAGAACAUCGGUUCAUGAGUUAAUUCUUAGAGGUGAAAGAUUGUUACAUCCGUCAGGAUGUCACCCCCUUGGCUUAUAUUGUUCUGGGUUUCUGUGGUUAGCGCUGUGCAGUGCCCAGAUGGCAGCACAUGUGAAGAGCAGAAACACUGCUGUAAGCUGCCCAGCAGAGGCAGUUAUGGCUGCUGCCCCAUGGAUACGAUGGUUUAUCAAUCACUCCCAAUGGUUGUCUCCCAUGUUUCUUGCUCUGAUUCAGAGAGCUGCCCUGAUGAAUACUUGUGUGUUAAGACGCCACAGGAAUAUUCUGCUUGCUGUCCUCUACAACAGGGAUUUUCUUGUUCGGAUGGACAUCACUGCUGUCCUUUGGGUACCCUCUGCUCUGAAGAUGGGCACUAUUGCUUACCAGACUCCAAUGUCACUGCUAUCAUCUGCCCGGACGGCAAGUCAGAAUGCCCCAAUGAUGCUACAUGCUGUGCCAUGCCUGACCAGACUUGGGGCUGCUGUCCUAUGCCACAGGCUACUUGCUGCAGUGAUGGCUUACACUGCUGCCCCCAUAACACUUUAUGUGACAUGCAGCAUGGGCGCUGUAUCUCUGCCGAUGGCUCUGUCCCUUGGCUGAGUAAACUCCCAGCACGCUUAGCCCUAGGAAAUGCUCUGCAGAAAAUCCCAUGCCCUGACAAAACUUCAUGCCCUGAUGGAGCUACUUGCUGUCUGCAGUCUGAUAAGUCCACAUAUGGAUGCUGCCCCUUCAUGUCUGCGGUCUGCUGUUCAGAUAACAUCCACUGUUGUCCUUCCGGGAUGUUAUGUGACUUGAUACAUAAUAAGUGUGUAUUGGGGAGAUUGGAGAUACCUAUGUACACAAAGUCCCCAGCUCUACAGGAGGAAGUUAUGGAUGUUCCAUGUGAUGAGACCUCAAGAUGCCCAAACAAGAAUACAUGCUGCCGUCUGGCAUCUGGAGAAUGGGGAUGUUGCCCUAUUGAACAGGCUGUAUGCUGUCCUGAUCACGAACAUUGCUGUCCACAAGGGUAUACAUGUUCUGGAGGAAGUUGUGAGAGAGGGCAGACUUCUAUACCUUGGCUGAGCAAGGUCCCUGCUGUGAGGCAUAAGUCCUUUGAUGUCCCAUGUGAUGAAACCACUAGCUGCCCGGACAAGAACACUUGCUGCCGGCUGGCAUCUGGAGAGUGGGGAUGUUGUCCCAUAGAGCAGGCUGUUUGCUGUCCUGAUCAUGAACAUUGCUGUCCACAAGGGUAUACAUGUUCUGGAGGAAGUUGUGAGAAAGGGCAGAUUUCUAUACCUUGGCUGAAAAAGGUCCCUGCUGUGAGACAUAAAUCCUUUGAUGUCCCAUGCGAUGAAACCACUAGCUGCCCGGACAAGAACACUUGCUGCCGGCUUGCAUCUGGAGAGUGGGGAUGUUGUCCCAUAGAGCAGGCUGUAUGCUGUCCUGAUCAUGAACAUUGCUGUCCACAAGGGUAUACAUGUUCUGGAGGAAGUUGUGAGAAAGGGCAGAUUUCUAUACCUUGGCUGAACAAGGUCCCUGCUGUGAGGCAUAAAUCCUUUGAUGUCCCAUGCGAUGAAACCACUAGCUGCCCGGACAAGAACACUUGCUGCCGGCUGGCAUCUGGAGAGUGGGGAUGUUGUCCCAUAGAGCAGGCUGUAUGCUGUCCUGAUCAUGAACAUUGCUGUCCACAAGGGUAUACAUGCUCUGGAGGAAGUUGUGAGAAAGGGCAGAUUUCUAUACCUUGGCUGAACAAGGUCCCUGCUGUGAGGCAUAAAUUCAAGGAUGUUCCUUGUGAUGAUACCACAAGCUGCCCAGACAAAAACACUUGCUGCCGCUUGGAGUCUGGAGAGUGGGGGUGCUGCCCUAUAGAGCAGGCUGUGUGUUGUGCUGAUCAUAUACACUGCUGCCCACCGGGUUUUACGUGUUCUGGAGGAAGCUGUGAAAGUGGGCAAGUUUCCAUCCCUUGGCUAAGCAAGACCCCUGCUGUGAGGCGUAAGGCAAAUGACGUUCCAUGUGAUGAGACCUCAAGCUGCCCAGACAAGAAUACAUGCUGCCGACUGGCAUCUGGAGAGUGGGGAUGCUGCCCAAUAGAGCAGGCUGUCUGUUGUAACGAUCAUGAACACUGCUGUCCCCAUGGGUUUACGUGCUCUGGGUCAAGCUGCGUGGGUGUACAGUCUUCUAUCCCUUGGUUAACAAAGACCCCUGCUGUGAGGCAGAUGGCCAGUGAUGUGCCUUGUGAUGAGACUUCUAGCUGCCCGGACAAGAACACCUGCUGCAGGCUAGAAUCUGGGGAGUGGGGUUGCUGUCCUAUUGAGCAGGCUGUGUGCUGUCCUGACCAUGAACAUUGCUGUCCCCAUGGUUACACAUGCUCAGAAGAAAGUUGCACAAGUGGACAGGUUUCCAUUCCCUGGUUCAGAAAAACACCCUCUAUGAGGCAUGAAGUUGGCAAUGUAUCCUGUGACGCUACCACAGUCUGCCCAGACAAGAAUACGUGUUGCCGUAUGGAGUCUGGCGCAUGGGGUUGUUGUCCUAUAGAGGAGGCUGUAUGUUGUCCUGACCACUGGCACUGUUGUCCUAAAGGCUUUUCAUGUGAUGCCCAGGGAUCAUGUGUGCUUGGAGACCUCUCCAUACCCUGGUUUCAAAAGACUCCAGCUUUGCACAGCCACACUGUGAAAUGUGAUGCUACAUACAGCUGUGCCCAGGGUACCACCUGCUGCCCAACUGAGACUGGAGACUGGGCUUGUUGCCCUCUGGAAGAGGCUGUCUGCUGCACUGAUCACCAGCACUGUUGUCCUCACGGUUAUACUUGUGAUCUUCAGUCUGCCACCUGCAUCAAACCCAAACAAGCCAAUGAGCCACUCCCUUCCCCCAAGUAUGUGUGGUGUGAUUCUCAGCAUUCAUGCUUUGAUGGCCAAACCUGCUGCAGAGGUCUAGGUGGAACUUGGUCCUGCUGCCCAUAUACAAGUGGAGUGUGCUGUCCUGACAUGGUUCACUGCUGUCCCUAUGGCUAUGUGUGUCUGGGGUCAGGCGUUUCAUGUAUACGAAGUGAGAGCCUGCGCUGGGAUGGUAACGCUGUCUGGAGAAAACCAACUCCCCUCCUCUGAAAGAUGAACACAACCUGAAUCGGGAUGCUCUCUAUUUGCGGGUGCACAACAGAACACUGGAAUAUUGUGAAAAAUAAAAAUCCUUUUUAUAUAUAAACUAA